GAGUGGUUAGUGGAGAUUUGUGAACGAAAGAUAUAUUGUUUCUGCAGCGAAGAUCCGCGGCAAGAUCCCAAAAAGGAGAGUCCGCAUCACCUUCAGCAAGAGUGAAUACAGCACAGACGGAACGAAACAGCCCGACGAAGCGAACUGAUCGAAACACAGACACCCGGUUAAUGCACAAAAAUGGCAAUCGUCAAGGAUAGUGCAACGUUCUUCCAACACGGCAAUUCGGCGCAGUUCGACUACGUGCUGAAGCUGUACCCGAAAGCGUUGAAGCUGAAGGCCGAAACGCGUGGCAACGGCAAAAAGGCGGACAAGCUGCUGCGUCUCGAAAAGUGGUACCAGAACGAGCUGCCGAAGGUGAUAAAGAACCGUGGCCGAGAUGCACACCUGCUGCACGAGGAGCUGGUGCAGACGAUGGAGUGGAAACAGACGCGCGGCAAGUUCUACCCGCAGCUGUCGUACUUGAUCAAAAUCAACACACCCCGGGCGGUGGUAAUGGAGACGAAGAAAGCCUUCCGGAAGCUGCCAAAUCUCGAACAGGCGCUAAAUGCGCUCUCGAACCUGAAGGGCGUAGGGAUCACGAUGGCGUCGGCUUUGCUGGCCGCCGCCGCCCCGGAAAGUGCACCGUUCAUGGCCGACGAGUGUCUGAUGGCGAUUCCCGACAUUGAGGGCAUUGAUUAUACGACCAAGGAGUAUCUAAAGUUUGUCACACACAUCCAGCAGACGAUGGAUCGGUUAAACCUGGAGGAGGAUAGCAAUGGUGCGGCCGAAGAGGCUGCGGAUGAGAAGAAGGACGGCACAGCGAAUGGUGGUGGUGGUGGUGGCGGUGGUAGUGAAACGGUAGAUGGUGCUGCGGCAGACGGGGAAGGAAGUGAAACUGCUGGCAAGGAUGCGGCAGGGAAGGAAGGAAAGGGCGGUGAUACGGCCGAAAACGGUGCCUCGGGAAAGACAGGAGCGGCAGCAGCAGCAGCAGCAGCAGCAGCAGCAGCAGGACCAAAGCCGAAGAAAUGGUCAGCACAUUCGGUCGAGCUGGCACUGUGGACACACUACGUCGUUUCGGAUUUGCAACCGGAAUUGCUUGGUGGUAUGCCUGGAAAUGGUAAUGGUGUUGCGGCCACCGUUGAUGAUGAGGCUGCACAAAACGGAAUCUCGAAAGAGGAGGACGAGGAGGAGGAUGAUGUGCCGGACGAAGAGGAGGUCGAUGGGGACAACAACGGGAUUGUGGAGGACGAGGGUAAUACGAACGAUGAGAACUCCCGCACCGCUAUGAUGGAAUCGUCCGAGUCGGAAAGCAACGAAGCGGCAGCUGCUGGAGUGGCGGUCGUGUCGAACGGCAAAAGUACGUCGGGUUCGAGUGGUUCUGCUCAGGAUGAGGAGGAAAAGCUUGCCGACGACACGGAGGAUACGUCCAAGGACGCUACGGAUAAUAGCAGCACGGCCGUUACGAUGACGGAGUUAACGAACAACGGUACCUCGGUAGCGGAACCGGUGGUGGUGACAUCCCACACGCAAGAGACAGCCACACUCGUUGACGACGGCACGAAAGCGUCGGAUGAAAGCUUAGGCGGUGGAACACUUGGCACAAAGGCCGCGUUGAGCACGGCCAGUUCCGUUGCCGACAGUACCGAAUCUGGAGCGCCGAUCAGUACCACCGACAGUAGCAGUAACGGUAGCAACAAACGUCCCCUCUGCUGCGAGGAUAAUGGUGAAGACAAACCCGAACUAAGCGCCCCGAAGUUGAUAAAACUGUAGGACGGUGGUGGUGGUGCAAGUCAAUAGGCACACAGACACGCGAGACAUCGCGCCGGUGGAUGGCGUGUGUAUGUGUGAGAAGGUGAUGAGGGAAGACGAAUGUGGGUAUGGGCCUUGUGCUUCACCGGGAACGUGGAGAAAAGAGAGAGAGAGGAGGGAAUGUGGCGUAAUGUUUAGGAUAGGAUAGUUUCUAGCACAGUACAACAAUCAUAUUAUGGUCACAGAAUCAGCAAAGGAGUGUGAAAGAAGUUUAUCCAAGACGAAAGAUACCGUGUGCUGCUGCGUCAUUGGUCAUCAGUUACGCAACAGGACGAAAGGAUUUUUAUUUGUACAACACCAAUAAUGUCUAAGCGAAGAGGAUGAAAACACACGCUUAUUUUUAGUGGGAAAAGAAGAAAAAUAAAGCGCUGCCGGCAACACAUAUACUGUGUGCUGCGUGUGUCGUUUGAGAAGCAAGAUGUAAAGGACAAAACAAACAGUAAACUACAAACAAAACAUUUCUCGUGCAACGUUCUAACGCCUAAAAGCAUACCUUCAUUGAAUUUGCAAUUGCUUUCUUGAGUUUCAUGAUUUAAAUGUAAAGCUCUGUUGUAUGAACUAGUAAUCUAUUGUAUCAUCCCAGAUGAAACAAUAGUUUGAUUUUGUUUUCGUCGAGUAAGAACUCUGACCCAUCGUUCAUAUGAGGUGUUCAUCUUUGUCCACCUGACAGUGGGAGGAACUCGCUACAAUGUAAUGGCAUUAAAAAUUGACACAGGACUAAGACUCCGUCGAUCUCAGUUAAGAACUUUGCUGCUAAAUACUGAUAGAAAUUCCGUACAUGAUUGAAACACUCGAAAUUUGUCCCUGUCCCUUGGCAGUACAUCUAUUUAACUGGUUAGCAGUUGAGACGAGACUGGGAUUCUUCUUUUCCUUUUUACAUAAUUUGUCCGCAUUGGAGGGGGAGGUUCGUUUGCGCAACCGUGACGAAAGUGGACGACCGCAAGUUUAUCUCAUGCUAGCUACAAUUUAAGUUCUUUUUUGUUCAUUUUACUGUAUUUAUAUACUUUAGAGUAAUCGUAUCCAACGAUAGCCAGAUAGAGGAGGAGUGUGGUGGUUUGGAGGUGUAAAACGAUUAAAACAGCAUCCCAAAUUCCCAUUUUUAGGAAACACGGAAAUACGAGAGAUGUUUAGGGAUUGCUGCAGGUCCUGCGUUGGGGGUUUUUUUUUUCGCUGGGAUAUUGUAAUUUAUCAAAGCAAAAACGGAACACGGAACACACGGUGUAAUUGCAACUUGAAGAACAUUAUUAUGACUUUCAGGAAUCAUACUUGCAAUGACGCUAUAGUUACGCACAGAGCUGACUCAACCAAGAAAAGCCCCAAAAAGGGAGAAGGUUAUUAAAGGAAAUGCUACUUCAAACGAAACAUACA